GCAUUCGAGGUGACCUAUCUUCUUCCAGCUCAACAGCAAGUCGAUCACCAUGCCGUGCCGGGGGUAUGCCACGACGGCCAUGGAGCUCCUGCAGGACAGCAUCCCCAUGGUGUCCCUCGCCGUCGCGGCCGCCGCGCUGUACGCGCGGGCGUCGUCGUCGCUCCUCCGCCCUGGACUCCCGCGCCUCAUCGCCCUCCUCCCCCUGUUCCCGCUCCUCGUCGCCGCGCCCCUGGCCUUCCCCUCCUCCGCCAUCGUCCGGGGCCUCGCCGCCUUCUUCCUGGCCUGGCUCUGCACCUUCAAGCUCGCCCUCCUCGCCGUCGGCCGCGGCCCGCUCGACCCCGCCCUUCCCGUGCUUCCGUUCCUCUUCACCGCCUUGCUCCCCGUCAAGCUCGCCGCCAGAGCCUCCAAAGCCAAGCCGGUGUCCCUCGUUUCUUGCGCGGUGAAGGUGGCCAUCAUAGCCGCCGUGGUCCGGCUGUACCAGUUCAACGACCGCCUGCACCUGUACGCGCGCCUAGCCCUGUACGGCGUCCACACGUACUGCUUCCUGGACCUCCUCCUCCCCUGCAUCGCGGCUGCCGCCGCCGCGCUCGGCAUGGAGGCGGAGCCGCAGUUCAACCGGCCGUACCUGGCGUCGUCGCUACGGGACUUCUGGGGCCGCAGGUGGAACCUCAUGGUUUCCGCCAUCCUCCGGCCGUCCGUCUACGACCCCGUCCGCGCGCUGGCCGGGAUCCCUGCCGCUGUCCUAGCUACCUUCGCCGUGUCCGCGCUGAUGCACGAGGCCAUGGUGUACUACCUCAGCCUGCAGUGGCGGUCCGACGGCAUGAUGGCUGCCUUCUUCCUGCUCCACGGCGUUUGCUGCGUCGUCGAGGGGUGGUGCGCUCGGCGGUGGCCGGCGCCGCCACGGGCCGUGGCUACGGUGCUGGUUGGGCUCUUCGUCACGGCCACGUCGUUCUGGCUCUUCUUCCCUGCGCUUUGCAAAGACGGAGUUGAGGAGAAGCUGCUGCAGGAGUGGGCUGCGGUGGCCGCCUUCUUCCAGGACGCCGGCGGGAAGAUACCAUGGUCCAUGGUACGCACAACUUAGUACCCAAAGAAAAGUACAACCUAGAGAAAAGUGUAUCCUGUUUGGCACUCUGUUGACAGAUCAAAUAUAAUUAACUCUGAAAAGGAGAAAAAUAAAGGAGCAUGUUGGGAUGUCCGUUAGAGGUUGGAUUAAACUAGCUAGAUGGACAUUGGGCGCCUUGCCACGCCAUUCUCUGUUGUUGUCAUUUAAAUAGAAAGAAAAAAUAGACGUGAUGCCACGUUCACUCCUUCGUGUGACACAUAUUACGUCCAAAUUCUGGAAAAA